UUAAUUUAAUUGUGAUAAAGCUAGGCGACUUCAUUUAAACUGCAGUUAAUUUUAUCAAUUAUUAAUAACUCGUAACAUUCGUAGUUGUAACUCUUGCUAUUUUACAAAUGCCAAAUAUGUUUAAAUACGUAUUUGCGUAGAACAAUAUAAAGGAAACGUUUCCUCGAACGUUUCCCGUAAAGAAUGCCAUCAAAUCAAACGCCAUGCCGCCACAUUCGACCCGAUUAGUCGAUUUUUCUGUCUGCUAGAAUCUAGAUUAUCAUUUUUCGAGACUUGGGUUUCAGCUGUUUCCUGUUGAUAUUCUCGUUCCCGACAUCUCUCUGUUGUUAUUGGUCGAUUUAUUUUCUGUUUACGUUUUCUUGUGCGUCCUUGGUUGCUUUCGCGCGCAAAAAUUGCAAUUUGAAGAUUUUGUCGGCAAUAUGUACAAUGGGCACGAAUAUCUGUCGUGUAUCAAAAUCAACACUUCAAAACAAACCGCGAUGAAGAAUACGCACGAAAAGGCAGAACCGAUGGAUCUAACGACGGAGCAUCGUAAUUUAAUCUUAACGGCCAAUAAGGUUUUUGGAGAAGACAAAUGGAGCCAUACUGUUGUGAAUCAAACAUUAGAUUUUGUUGAAAUAAUUGGUGCCAAAUGUUGUACUGGCUGCGUCAGCUUUGUCAAGGUCCAGCUUAAGAAUGGAAAUUUUCAUGAAGAUAUUGGUUAUUACAGCGCAGAGGAAUCCACAAAAGGCUUAUCGAUACACAAUGCCAGAGUUGGUUCUGCUGUAAAUGCCUUGAAAAGAGUCCUGUUGUCAUUUGGAGAUAAAAUUGAAAAAGAAUUGCAACAGCUACAAAAACAGAUUGAUCCUGAACAAGUUAAUAACAUACAAAAAAGUGUGAUAAAGUCAGACAAGCAGAUUCCAGAUAAAUCAAAUAUUUCAAUUAAAGCACCUGUUUCUCAUGUACAACAAACAGAAUGUACGAGUGAACCUGAACCAAAUAAAAGUACAAAUCAAUUAAUAAAAGAGCCUUCUUUGGGACUAUAUCCACAACCUGUUAAUGAAAUUAUAAGAGAUGACAUGAAAAUGGAGAUUAAUCAAUCGUCAUCUACAAAUGUUCAGAUUGACGAACCUUCAUCGAAAAAAAAGAAUUUAAUUCAAGAGAAGCUAAGACAAGAGAGGAAAAGGAAACAAAUGGAAAAGCAGAUGGAAUUUAAAAGGCGUAUGAUGGAAAAAGAUGGGUUAGUGUUCACCAAUGACAACAAACCUAAUCCCAAAUAUUAAGAUAUUGAUAUUGUUCAAAUAAACGAAGACCAAGUAAAUAAAAAACAACACUAAGAAUAACAAGAAUUGUGAA